CCCCCGGGCAGGGGCAUGCGUGCGGCCCGCACAUGGGGGCACCACCACCCCGUGUCCCUUGCCCGCAGAGGGGCACCCCUGCCCGAGCCCCUGCCCUGCUCCCAGCUGCGAUGUGCUCCUGGGGCUGACAGCACACCCCCCCCCCCACCCCCUCUUAUGGUUCUGGACCGACUCAUGGAUUUGGACUUCAUUGGGCUCUUUUGGAUUGGAGCACGAAACAUUUCUUUUUAAUCACCCCCCACCAAGCAUGGAAGGCUAUAUCCGCCUGGACUAAAGGAGGGCUUUAGUAGACAUGAAUAGACAGGAAACCCCCUGGGCCUGUCCCACACUAGAGGUUGCUCUUAUCAUCUGUUGGGUGCAUUGUGGGGUUUUCACAUUGGUGUUCCCUGCCUCAGUUUCCCUUUCUUGUGCCCUCUGCUGUCACCAUGGGAAAGAAUGGGUUAAGGCUGAUGUGACUUACCCGGGGAAGGAAAGGGAGGGGUAACUCAGCUCCUGGGGAAGGGGCCACCAAGAUUACAGUGGGCUGGUUUGCAUAUGAAGACACAGCAGAGCAGCACUGAGGAGGAGCCCCAGCACCUGGAGAGCCCUGCCCUCUCCGGCACACCCAGGAGGGACUGUUGGAAAAGACACUCCCAGGGACACCAGGGGGAAAGCAGAAGGCAGAAGCAGAGGAGACCUCUACCUGCUCUUGUGUUGGGCAGGAUCCUCCUGCUUUGCUGCAUAGGACUCCCGGUGCCCAGAGUUCAUCUGCAAGAGAGGCGGCCCUGGAGCCUGGAUGCUGUCGGGAGGCACCGUGAGUGAGUGCAGGGAGAGCAAGAGCCCAGGCCCCCGGCUGGAGUGAGCCCUUUCCUGGGGAGACGGUGGAUGCUGUGCUGGAGCCCGUGGCAGCCGUGGGCCUUCCCUGCGCAGCCUGAAGUGAAGCUGAAGGAGCAGGACCCAGGAGAUCUCCAGGCAGGAGCUGAGGGGGAGAGCAAAUCCCUUUUGUGGUCCAGAGUGGGACCAGGGUGAGGAGGGUUUCCCCAAGGUGGUCAGCACCUUGGCCAAUAAAGCAGGAGGAGCCGGUCCAACGCCAGGAGAUCCAGGGGCAGGAGGUGAUGCAGGCCAUGCGGCCCCCGCCUGAGACCAAGAUUCCCUUAGAGACCCCACAGCUGGGGUACGACCUCCCCACCCCAGAGACCUGGCGCCAGCGUUUCCGGGGCUUCUGCUACAUGGAAACCAUGGGGCCGCAGGAGGUUUGCAGCCGCCUGUGGGAGUUCGCCCUGCGCUGGCUGGAGCCCCAGCACCGCAGCAAGGAGCAGAUGCUGGAGCUGGUGGUGCUGGAGCAGUUCCUGGCCAUCCUGCCCCGGGAGAUGCAGAGCUGGCAGUGGGGGCAUGGUGUGGAGACCUGCGCUGAGGCCGUGACCCUGGCCGAGGGGUUUAAGCUGGGGCAGGAGGAGGAGGAGAAGCUGCAGGUCAUAGUGAGUGUAAAAGCCGAGGAGGUGUCCUCAGACAAUAUGCAUCCCGCUGCGGCAUCACAGGAACCUGGUGAUUCCUGGCCAGUGCAGCCAAAGGCCGAAUGUGUGGACAGGCCUUUGGAGGACUCAGGAGAGAGGGAAACACCGGGGUCCCUGGACAAGCCACUUCAGGUCUCCAAAGAGGAUCCUCAGUCUCACCAGGACUCAGGAGGUGCCUGGCUGCUGAGCAGAGGUGAGGAGAAACCUCCUGUGGAAGAGCCUGCAGACCUGGAGCCAGCGCAGACUUCCCCAGGGAGUUUGGGUGAGAUGGACUCCCUGAGACCUGAGAAGGAGCCACGGCAUAAGAGUCAGGGAAAGCCCCGAAAGCAGAAGGAGAAUGUAGCGGUGAACAAGGUACCAUCUGCAGUUGGGUGUGCCAGUGGAGAAGGGGCAGAGCCUAGAAAGAGCCUUGGGUGCAGGGAAGAAGUUGUGGUGCUGAGAGACCUAAAGAGCCGCUGGAAAGGUGCACUGCAUCCCAGCCCAGGAAGUGGGGAGAGCUUCAUCUGGAAGCAGGCGCUCACUACCAAGAACAGAGGCAGAGCCCAUCCCAGCCCCAAGCAACGUCGUAUCCACCCAGGGAGGAAGACACACCGCUGCAACAAGUGCAGGAAGAACUUCAGCUGCGUGCAAGACCUGUCCCAGCACCAGUGUGUGCAGAGUGGGGAGCAGCCAUACCUUUGCACCAGGUGUGGGAAGAGCUUCAAGCAGCCCUCCAUGCUGGCCAGGCACUUGUUCAUGCACACACGGGAGAAGCCACAUCAAUGCUCAGAGUGUGGGAAGCGCUUCAACCUGUCCUCCAUCCUGGCCAAACACCAGCUUAUCCACAAGAGGGAGAAGCCACAUCGGUGCUCAGAGUGCGGGGACACUUUCACUCACCCCUCCAGCCUGACUCAGCACAAGCGUAUUCACACAGGGGAGAAGCCACAUCGGUGCCUGGAGUGUGGGAAGAGCUUCUCCCGUUCCUCUAGUUUGGCCCGGCAUGGGCUCACCCACACAGGGGAGAAGCCACAUCAGUGCUUGGAGUGUGGGAAGAGCUUCACCCUGUCCUCCAGCCUGACCACACACCAGCUCAUACACACAGGGGAGAAGCCACAUCAGUGCUCAGAGUGUGGAAAGAGGUUCACCCAGUUCUUCAGCCUGGCCCGGCACCAGUUUAUACACGCAAGGAAGGAGCCACAUCAGUGAUCAGAGGGUGAGAAGAGCUUUAUGAAAUUCUCCCACCCAGCUUAUCCACACAGAAGAGAGGCCACAUCACCAUAUUUCUCAGCUAUAAUUCUCACUGAAAUUACCAGCAUCCCCAUUUUUUAUAUUUUUUUGAGGAAAUGUGCCUGUGGUAUGUGUUGCAGUUAGAAACCGAAUUUUUAACCGAGUGCUCUGGGAAUUAACACAACACCUGGUCGGUGGAUAGCAGAAAGGCUUGUUUUAAUCACUACUAACAAGCUACAACACUAAGUUACAGUACAAGACUCUUUCCCAAUAUAAAAGAAGCUAUUAGCCCUUAGUGUUAUCUUAGCAGCACGGAGAUCUUUACCCGAUGCAGGCAGGAGGCCGUUCUUGUACAGCCUCAAAGCCUUGGUCCUUCACGUGGAGGCUGGGUGGCAGGAUGGCUUCUGGUCUGGACUGCGCACGCCUUGCUGACAAACCUGCUGAGUUUCUAUACUGCGUUUUUUUAAGCAUAUUUUCUUGGUGGGUUGAAGAACAUGGCCUGGACAAAGGUGACAGGGUGGAGGGUCAUUGUCCUUUGGUUGUGUUGUAAAUGUUAGUCUUUUGCAUCCAUCUCUGGCUGUUGUAAGUAAAACCGACAUGCACAAAAACCCUUCAAUGCUCUGAAGGCUUCUCAUUUGCUCAAUUAUAGUGUGGCUUGAUUGCUGGAACCCGACACCCUAAACCAGGGUAUACUACAUGAUUAACUGCAGUAGAGCUCAAUUAC